AUAGAUAAUAGAUAAGCUAGGGAUCAUCACCCGUGGCUCCAGACCCUCGUGGCCGCCCCACGUCCCAAAACACACAAUGGCGUCAGGGAACAACUACUUGCUUGCAGAUGCACCACGAGGACGAUUGACCAGGGGUGGUGUCGUUCUUAUUGAUCAGAAUCUGUAUGAGGUCGCACUAACUGUUUCAGAGACAUGUUUUCUAGGGUACUAAUCUAUCAUUUGGUCGUUUGUUGGGCGCAAUGUUCCCGUUUCCCAGCCACCCCGCAGUCGCAUUUUACCAGCCACCUUCAUUCGACCAUGGCCGCAACUUGCAUAUUUUUCUUCUUAUUUUCCUUCCAUUAAGCUCCUUUUACUCUGAGCCCUGCAUAACUGCUUUGUAUAGAGUCUUACUCUGUCUCUCCUCGUGCGGUUGAGUUGGCGAUUUAGAAAAAACCACACGGUCCAUCUCCCGGUCAACGCCAGGUCCGAUUUCAAUUCUGGCGACGGCCCAUUAUACGAGAAACCUAUUUAUCACAUCUGGGAUGACGCUAUAGUCACCGUACUCAACUGUGACCAUUCAACUGUAUCAUAAAAUCGGUCUCGAGGAACUCUACUCACAUCUCUGAAUCAGCUGGCACCGACGAUCGUCGUGUGGAAAGGCUAUCAAGAUGAUCGGCAGUUUUUUCUUCAUUUGCAAUCGCCUGGUGGAGAUUCUUUUCCUGAUACCAAUCAUUGGAAUGCUGGCGUACUUUAUCGACGGAUAUCUCAAGGCCAAUGUAAUCACCCCGACCUACAUCCUCGUGCUUUUCAUCGUCAGCACUAUCGCAGUCUUCUGGUGCUUUGACACAUUAAUCCGUCACGCGACCACCAAGCGCUCAGCCGCCUUUGUCGCUUUCGUCGACCUCCUCUUCUUCGGCGCUUUCAUUGCCGGGGUCUACCAACUGCGCUUCAUCGCAAAUGCCAACUGCUCCCAUUGGGAUGGGGGCUCUGUGUGGGUCUCCCUUGGCCCCUUUGGAGCCUAUGGCUACCGCACAGGCAACCCGCUGGCCCUGCAAGUCAACAAACAUUGUGCGAUGCUGAAGACCUGCUUUGCGCUGGGCAUCAUGGAGAUUGUGUUCUUCUUCUGGACCGCCUUUUGGGCGCUGUUUCUGCACAGUCGGUCCGAUGUGGUUGUUAAGGAGACAACGACAAUUCGAAGGAGAAGUCACAGCAGUCGGCGUGGACAUGGACAUCGUCGGAGCUCCAGUCAUCGCCGGCCGCAAUAUGUGGUCUAAUCAUAUUUCCUCCAUUUCGCUUAUUUUUCCGCAUUACUUUCCUCGAACAGUUUAUGAUUUACGGAUAUGACUUGGAUGACAUAGAUAAUGGGACGCCAAAAGCGCUAAAGGAAAAAUCACAAAAAAAUAAAAAAGAAAAAGAAAAAAGAAAUGAAAAAUGGGAAAAAAAGGGAAAAGGAAAUGACGCCCCCACCGGGAGAGAGACGAAGAUUGGUAAUGAAACUACGCGAUGUGAUAGUGAUGUGAUGAUAUUAUGAUACUAUUUGAAAGAUGACACGGUUUCUGUUUAUUGAACUUUGGACUCCAUUCCAUAGCUGCGAUCGCCUGUGUCCGGUGCUCUUCUUUGAUCCUGUGAUGCUAUGUGUAUGUUGUUUUCGAAGCCAGACCUUUCACAGACUCCACCGGAUUCGGCGUAAUCCUGCACAGCUUUGCUUUCCUUGUGAUAUUAUGACACAUGAUUUCUCCCUAAUUGAACUUUCUAUGAUAAUAGUAAUUUGGAGCAUGCUUUCACCUAAGCACUAGGCCGUCAGCUAGACGAUUAGGUACCCGAGAUAUAUAUCCAUUGGUCCGGACUGGCAUUUGCAGGUCACACAUGUGGAUUACCGGGAAGAUCCCUACACUAGUUCGUGAGCGAGGUAGAGUAUAGUUCAUUUAGUGACGAACUGCUCAGGCAGCCUCAAGCGGCG